UCAUUUCUCUCCUCUUUCUUCUUUGGCAUUCUUAGUGAUUUAUUAUAUAACGACUAUAGUGAAAAUACUCUUUCUUCUUGUUGAAAGCUUGAAAAAGCUCCAUAACUACUCCUCCUCUCUUCUCUCUCUCUCUCUCUAUCUUUCUCUUUCUCUCUUUCUUCUUUUUUUUUUCUCUUUCUUUCACCUUUAGUCAUGGAGAAGAAGCACCGUCGAGAAUUGACGUUCUUGCGCUCUGGUGACUUCCUCCGGCCGAAUUCUGGUCUGCAUGAUCGGACGCUUGAUGAUUCUAGUGAUCAUGUGAAGCCAACCAUCAAGGAAAUGGAUUUCUUUUCUACUAACAAUCAACCACAUGAUCCUCUUCAAGAGAGCAAGAUUAAUAAUGGAUCAUCUUCCUUGUUUGAUUCGGGUGUAAACACUGGAUUAAAUCUUCUCAGUUCAAGCCCGAGAGUUUCAAGGACAACUAAUGAAGAGAAACCCAAUUCUGAAAUGAGUGCUCUUAGAAUCGAGUUACAAAGGUUGCACGAAGAGAAUCGGAGACUGAGAAGCAUGUUGGAUCAGAUUACCAAAAACUAUAACGAACUACAAGGUCAACUGUUCAUGGCGGUGCAAAAACAGGCACAUGGAAAUCAAGGAGAACAGAAGGGUGCAGUUAAUGGCAUGUCAAGUCUACCAGUGUCAGUACAACAAGUCAUGGACCCACGACCAUCGGCUGCCUUGGAUGUCAAUGCGCCUUCGGCAUCUGACGACAAGACGCAGGAAUUGUCGGUAUCCCCAGUAAACACUAUGGAAGUCGUGUCAAAGGAACGCGACCAUCAAAUGACUCGAAUUUCAGGAAAGCACGUUUCUGUUGAAGAUGGUACUGAUCGAACGUCUCAAAGCUGGGGGUCGCCCAAGAGUCCAAAGGUAGAACAGUCAAAGAAUGAAGAGCAAGUCUCUGAAGUACCUUUCAGGAAGGCCAGGGUGUCGGUUAGAGCGAGGUCAGAAGCUCCCUUGAUAAGCGAUGGAUGUCAGUGGAGGAAGUAUGGUCAAAAGAUGGCCAAGGGCAACCCUUGUCCACGCGCCUACUACCGAUGCACCAUGGCUGUUGGCUGCCCAGUUCGUAAGCAGGUGCAAAGAUGCUCUGAGGAUAAAAGCAUUCUCAUAACAACGUAUGAAGGAAAUCACAAUCACCCUCUUCCACCAGCAGCCACAGCUAUGGCUAACACUACGUCAGCUGCAGCAGCCAUGCUGCUAUCAGGUUCAACCACUAGCAAGGAUGGCCUAUCGAGUUCUGGCUACUUCCCUUCCUUACCUUAUGGAUCAACGAUGGCCACCCUAUCUGCCUCUGCCCCUUUUCCCACCAUAACCCUUGACUUAACUCAGGGCCCAAACGCCGUUCCGUUUUUACGUCCCCCGCCUUCCACAGCUACAUUUCCAUUACCGUUGCAAGGCUAUCCGCAGCUUUUAGGGCACUCUAUGUUCUCUCCCACCAAGUUAUCUGCAUUGCCGGUAACGCAGUUAGGGCAACGUCCUGCUUCUAUGGUUGACACAGUUACAGCAGCCAUUGCUUCUGAUCCGAAUUUCACCGCAGCCUUGGCUGCAGCUAUUUCGACUAUUAUGGGAGCACCACCGAGCAACAGUGGAAACACUAUUAACAAUGGUGGGAAUAGCAAUGCCUCCAAUAGGGUGCCUGGUCUUCCAGGAUCACCACAGCUUCCGCAGUCUUGCACCACUUUCUCCACUAACUAGCUAGGGUGAUAAGCACUUUUGGGUCUUCGCAUUCUUAGAGCAGUAGAAUAUAUGGAGCAAGCUUUGACGUGCACGUAGAUGUUGUUACACCUGAUCCGGGUUAUAUGUAGAAGAAUUCAUCAUAGUGAACUCUUUUGAUCAACAACAGUGUACCGAUGGUUCGUGGUUCGGGCUUGCAGUUGCGCGUCGCUAUAGCCGUAAGAAAAGACUUUCAGAAUCUGAUCAUUACCGCCUUUCCUAAUCCAAAUAUUUCGAUACUCUUUACUGUAGAGAAUAUGAUAUGUUAUCACAUGCAGUGUAAGCAUACUGAAAGCUUAGAGUGGGUUGUAACAAUGAGUUGGUGGACAAAAUUUUUAAGUAUUUCUUUUGUUGGAGAUGAUUUUGCUUUGUACAUAAUUAAAUAAGUAUGAAGAGAUAUACAUGUAUAGUGAAAGGGAUUUAUAUAACUUUUGCAGAAUUAUAUACUAGCAAUUAUUUGCUUGAGUUGAA